AUGUUCCUUCUCAAUGACACCCAGUUCCACCUCGUCUCCUUCUUGUUGCUGGGGAUUCCAGGGAUGGAAACAUUGCAUGUCUGGAUUGGCUUUCCUUUUUGUACUGUGUACAUGAUUGCCCUCAUGGGGAACUUCACUAUCCUGUUUGUGAUCUGGGUUGAGAGCAGCCUACACCAGCCUAUGUUUUACUUCCUGGCCAUGUUGGCUGCUAUUGAUUUGGGUCUGUCCACAGCUACCAUCCCCAAGAUGCUCGGGAUCUUCUGGUUCAACCUCAGAGAGAUCAUCUUUGAAGCCUGCCUCAUGCAGAUGUUUUUCAUUCACAGCUUCACACUUAUGGAGUCAGCAGUCUUGUUGGCAAUGGCUUAUGAUCGCUAUGUGGCCAUCUGCGAUCCGCUUCGAUACAGCACCGUCCUCACCAACAAGAUUGUCUCUGUGAUUGGUGUUGGUGUGUUAGUGAGGGCAUUUAUUUUUGUGAUUCCAUUUGUGUUUCUUAUUUUGCGACUGCCCUUCUGUGGGAAUCAUGUCAUUCCCCAUACCUACUGUGAACACAUGGGUCUGGCUCGUCUGUCUUGUGCCAGCAUCAAGAUCAAUAUUAUUUAUGGCUUAUGUGCAAUUUGUAAUCUAGUAUUUGACAUCAUAGCCAUUGCCCUUUCUUAUGUUCAGAUACUCCGUGCCGUUUUCCGUCUUCCUUCCCGUGAAGCCCGACUCAAGUCCCUCAGCACAUGUGGUUCUCAUGUUUGUGUAAUUCUUGCCUUCUAUACACCAGCCCUCUUUUCCUUUAUGACACAUCGCUUUGGCCAUAACGUCCCCCGCUAUAUCCACAUACUCCUGGCCAAUCUUUAUGUCGUAGUGCCACCAAUGCUCAACCCUGUCAUCUACGGAGUCAGAACCAAACAGAUUUAUGACCGUGUGAAGAAAAUAAUAUUAAAGAAACAAGGAAAGGAAAAAUAA